AGAAGAAACAAGUGUAACAUACUCUAUAUAUUUCACACAUUUGUACACAAUGACGGCUUCGAAUGAGAAUGACGUCCAGAUUACCGCGGAUUUGUCUACUUCUAGAAUAAGUAACUUGACCAUUCAGGAGCUCAAUAUGCUCAUUUUGAAGUUAGAGGAGGAGACAUCCCAGCUGCAAGGUUUAUCAAGUGCAUUGACUAUUGCUUUGGAGAGAUUCCAGGAGUCAAAGAGAGCACUGGUUGAAUUGGACAAGAGAAAUGAGAACAUACAGGUGCCUCUAACGUCUUUGGUUUACGUUCCAGGCAAAUUGAACAAUCCUGACAAGGUGCUUGUGUCUAUUGGAACGGGCUACUAUGUAGAAAUGGCGAUAAAACACGCAAAUGAGUACUAUGAAAGGCGUAUUAGAACUAUCGAUGAGCAAAUGUGUAAAUUACAGGGUAUGAUUUCGGGGAAAAGCAAGCAAAUAAAUCUUUACUAUUCGCAUCUCGACCAGAAAUUGGCUAUGAUGAGAUCUGCUCAGACCGCCGGUUCAUCUUAAAUUGAUUGAACUUAACACAUCGCAUUUUAACUUGUUCUUUAAC